CCAGGGGCAGACUGACCAUUUGGAAACUCGGGCACUGCCCGAGGGCCCGGGGUCAGUAGGGGGCCCCAUGAGAUGCCCCUGGUACUUUUUUCAUAGGCUUUUUUGAGUUUGGGCAAGGACACAGGGGCCCCAUGAUCCCCUAUUGCCGGGGGGGCCCCAUGAGUUGUCAGUCCGCCCCUGAUCCUAUCCCUCUUGUAUUGAACUGUAUUGUUGCUCACUCAUGGCUUGAGUUCCACAUCAGAUUUUUGUUUCUCAGU